AUUGCUGGUCCUCAUCUUGGCUGUUUGCAUAGAGCUCUGCAGCAGUGGCGGCAGCAGCUACAGCUUUGGGCACUGGGACGCUCUUUAUUUGCCUGCUGCCGGCAGUCCCAGAGAGUUGCCUGUGUGAGCGAGAGAGCAAGAGAGAAGGGAGAAGAGAGUGAACCAGGAAAGCAGAGACAGAACACUGCCUGGCUGUGCUGAGGGCAACCAGAGGAAGCAUUUCUCUUCUUGAUCCCGUCUCUGACAGCUGUGCCGAGUUUUCCAUUGCCACCAACCAGAGAUGUAGAGAAACCCCAGCAUCUGGCUAUGACAGACACAGUGCUUAGCAACAGUUCUGAUCACUGGAUGUGCCCCAAUGACAGAUCCAUGGCCCUCCGCACAAGUGUGGUAUGCUCCUACAGAGAGAAGACAGAGGUCAAAGAAUAAGCAUCUAUUAAAAAAAAAGAUAUUUGUAAAAGUUCCCAGAGACUCACAGCAUUCAGAGAAGUUUCAAAAGAUUUGGCAGCUUCUUCAAAAUCCUGGGGAGGGAAGCAGAUGUGGGAUGUGGAGGCUCCCGACAGGAUGGUCUGUCCGCCCUGACCAGCCUGAGAAACCAAGAAAGAAUGAAGAGCUCACAGACGAGGAGAAGGAGAUUAUCAACAGAGUGAUUGCUCGAGCUGAGAAAAUGGAAGAAAUGGAGCAGGAGCGCAUUGGGCGCCUGGUGGAUCGCUUGGAGAACAUGCGAAAGAAUGUGGCUGGAGAUGGGGUAAACCGCUGCAUCCUGUGUGGGGAACAACUGGGAAUUCUGGGCUCCUCCUGCGUGGUGUGUGAGGACUGCAAGAAGAAUGUCUGCACCAAGUGUGGAGUGGAGACCUCCAACAGUCGCCCACAUUCCAUCUGGCUUUGCAAGAUUUGCAGCGAGCAAAGAGAGGUUUGGAAGCGCUCUGGAGCAUGGUUCUUCAAGGGCUUCCCCAAACAAGUGCUCCCUCAGCCCAUGCCAGUGAAGAAAUCCAAGCCUCAGCAGCCACCCACUGAGCCCAGCUCCUCAGAGCCACCCACCCUGGAGCCCAAGCACCAUCCCCGAGCACCCAGCCGAGGGCCAGGAGAGGCUGGCCUCCCUGGAGAACAUGGCGAUGCUGAGGACAAGAGGGGCAUGGGCCAGAAAUCAGGUCCUGAGCCCACACCUGCUCCUGGCAGGGGCAGCUAUGGCCCCCCAAUGCGCCGGGCCUCAGAGGCUCGCAUGAGCUCCAGUGGAACAGACUACACAGGCAGGGAUUCUGAAGGCCGGGAGUAUGGUCCAGGUGGGGCCACUGGGGGUGAUGCCAGUCGGAGUCCAGCAAGUUUGAGACGGGCCAACUCAGUUCAGACCUCCAGACCCUCCCAAGCACCCAGCCAAAAUGCUGCAGCUCAGCCUGUUCUCCCAGGGCCCCCAGGGGCCCCCAGACCAGGACCAAGUGCAGCUGGCAGAUUUCCAGAUCAAAGACCAGCUCAGGGGGAUCUGGCCCAAGGGGAGCCUGCCUACCCCUCAGCAGCAGCCAUUCCCCGGGAUGACCGAGCAGGGGAUACAGGGGGUUACCCCCUAGCUGGAGCCAAGGAUGAUAGGGCUGCACGACGAUCAGGAACCUACUCCCAGGCAGCUGCUGCACCCCAGCCUGCUGCUGCCCCAGCCCGUCAGCAGCUGCCACCUCCAGAAGAAGAUGAAGAAGAGGCAAACAGCUACGAUUCUGAUGAAGCAACUACCCUGGGAGCUUUGGAGUUCAGCCUUCUUUAUGAUCAGAACAACAGCUCCCUGCAAUGCACCAUUAUCAAGGCCAAGGGAUUAAAACCGAUGGACUCCAAUGGCCUGGCUGAUCCCUAUGUCAAGCUGCACCUUCUGCCUGGUGCCAGCAAGUCCAACAAGUUAAGGACAAAAACUCUGAGGAAUACACGAAAUCCCAUCUGGAAUGAAACCCUCGUCUAUCAUGGCAUCACUGAUGAGGACAUGCAAAGGAAGACCCUGAGGAUUUCUGUCUGUGAUGAAGACAAGUUCGGCCACAAUGAGUUCAUUGGGGAAACCCGAUUCUCUCUGAAGAAACUGAAGCCUAAUCAGAAGAAGAAUUUCAACAUCUGCCUGGAGCGGGUUAUCCCUAUGAAGCGAGCUGGCACCACAGGAUCAGCAAGAGGCAUGGCACUCUAUGAAGAGGAGCAGGUGGAACGUAUGGGUGAUAUUGAGGAACGUGGCAAGAUCCUGGUGUCACUCAUGUAUAGCACGCAGCAAGGAGGCCUCAUUGUGGGUAUUGUGCGCUGUGUCCACCUGGCCGCAAUGGAUGCUAAUGGCUACUCUGACCCCUUUGUCAAACUCUGGCUGAAACCAGACAUGGGGAAGAAAGCCAAGCACAAGACACAGAUCAAGAAGAAGACUUUGAAUCCUGAGUUUAAUGAGGAGUUUUUCUAUGAUAUAAAACAUAGUGAUCUGGCCAAGAAGUCACUGGACAUCUCUGUCUGGGAUUAUGACAUUGGCAAAUCCAAUGAUUAUAUUGGUGGCUGCCAGCUGGGUAUCACCGCCAAAGGAGAGCGCUUGAAACACUGGUACGAGUGUUUAAAAAACAAGGACAAGAAGAUUGAACGUUGGCAUAACCUACAGAAUGAGAACCAUGUCUCGAGCGAUUAAAGCAGGGGCCACAAGCCUCUCCCCACCCCCUGUGCAUUCCUCCACUUUGCCCUCUGUCCCCCUCCCCCCUGCCCAUCCCUCCACUUUGCCCUCUGUCCCCCAGUCCCCCCAAGUCCUCCUGUCCAUCCCUCCACUUUGCCCUCUGUCCCCCAGUCCCCCCAAGUCCUCCUGCGCAUUCCUCCACUUUGCCCUCUGUCCCCCUCCCCCCGCCCAUCCCUCCACUUUGCCCUCUGUCCCCCAGUCCCCCCAAGUCCUCCUGUCCAU